AUGUCUUAAAUGUUAAGGUCCUUCAAAUAAAGAUUGUAUAACUUGCACAAAAAAUUAUAUUUUAAUGCCAACUCUGGAAAGUGUGCUUUGUGUGAAGAAGGAUAUUUCUUCAAUCAAAACAGUUGUGAUUAGUGUGAUCAAACAUGUUUGACAUGUACAGGUAAGAAUAAAUAAGAUUGUAUAGAUUGUAGACCAGGUUUAAUUUUUAGCAGUGUAUCAAAAACUUGUGAGGAAAGUAGCUAAGUAUAAAAUGAGUAAAAGUAAAUAAAAUAAAGCUAAGAAAAAGGUUGCUAUGACUAAAAAUAAUAGUAAGUUGUAAGUACUUGCUUAGAUUAAAUUGAAAAUAGUUAAUCAAAUACUAAAAUUCUUGACACUUUAUUUAUCGUAAAUCUUUCUCUUAUUGCAGUUUCAUCCAAAUUCGCACCAUUAGGAUCAAGUCUAGGUUGGAUUUUUAUUCAAAAUUAAUAGCUUUUGGAGAGAACAGCAAAUUCUAUUGUUAUAGUAUAAGAACUUAUAUAUCUUACAGCAAUUGUGUUUCUUGGUGUUAUCUUUAGUUAAGAUAUUGAGAUAAAUCCAUACAAUAUUUCUGAAUUAAAUUCAAAUAUGCGAAAUGCAUAUAGAAUUGCAAUGUAUGUAUAUCUAGGAUUAUCUAUUAUUGUACUAGCAUUUAUUUUAAUGCAAAAGGCUUGGAACUACUUUAAAAUACUAAGAAAAACUAAUGAUAUGAAUAAAAGUUAAACCACCACUGGCGAUAUGAAUAUGGUUGAGUAAAUGACUGAUUCUAACAUAGAAAAAUUAUUUGAAAUGCUAAACUAAUCAAAAAGCAAGAAUCAAUUUCACUGGAAAAACCAAAAUUGA